AUGGGAACCAGGCGACCGCGCUCCGGGAGGGCUGCGGCCGGGGGGGAGGGUGGGAUUCCUUCCCGGACUUCUGGGGCUCAGGGACGGGAAAGACCAUCCCCAAAUCUCAAGACCCCUCUGUCAGCUCCAACCUACCUCCUCUCCACUCUGGGCCCUGGGGGCCGAGGCCGCAAGAGGCGCAGCCCCAGCACCUGGAGAUGUCGGAGCGAAGAGGGGCGCGAGCGCAAAGCUCGGACCCCGGCCCGCCUAGGAGGAUGGGAGCUUGGGGUGGAGCUGGCGCCCAGCCGAACUCCGCGCGCCCACCUGCGCCAGACCCGGGACCCCAGCAAUCCUGCCCGCCGACCCCUUACCAGAAUCCAGCUUUGCCCUUCGCGGAACCCUGGGGAGCGUCCGACCCCUGUGUCCCUGUGUGCCCAGGGCGCGGCAGAAGGAGGAGGGCACGAGAGCUACGUGACCUUCUGCCAGCUGGAGGACGGAGCCGCUUUCACCUGCAGUGCUGAUUGCACCAUCCGGCGGUGGGAUGUGCACACCGGCCAGUGUGCGCAGGUGUACCGGGGACACACGUCCAUUGUCAACAGGAUCCUGGUUGCCAACAACCAACUCUUCAGCAGCUCCUAUGACCGGACAGCUCGCGUCUGGACUGUGGACAAGGGGCAGGUGUCCCGGGAGUUUCGGGGCCACCGCAACUGCGUCCUAACCUUGGCCUACUCUGCCCCCUGGGACACUUCCUGUGCCGAGGAGGCAGAGGCCAGGGGUCUCCUGGUGACAGGCAGUACAGAUGGCACAGCCAAGGUGUGGCAGGUGGCCAGUGGCUGCUGCCGCCAGACACUGCGGGGCCACACUGGUGCUGUGCUAUGCCUAGUGCUGGAUGGGCCCGGCCGCACGGCCUUCACAGGCAGCACCGACGCCACCAUCCGCGCCUGGGACAUCCUGAGUGGGGAGCAGCUUCGGGUGUUCCGAGAGCACCAGGGCUCCAUCAUCUGUCUGGAGCUCACAGAGCAGCUGCUGUACUCGGGCAGCGCCGACAGGACCGUCAAGUGCUGGCUGGCAGACACGGGGCAGCGCGUGCGCACCUUCCCCGCCCACCGCCGCAGCGUAAGCGCCCUCAAGUUCCACGCGGGGACCUUGUUCACAGGCAGCGGGGAUGCCUGCGCCAGGGCCUUUGAUGCCCAGUCAGGAGCACUGCAGAGGGUAUUCCGGGGCCACACGCUCGUCAUCAACUGCCUGCAGGUGCACGGCCAUGUGCUGUACACAGCUUCGCACGACGGUGCCCUGCGCCUCUGGGACCUGCGUGGGCUCCAGGCCCCUUGCCACAGGUCCUCAGGCAAGCGCAGCCUGUCACGUCUCUUCAGCAACAGGGUGGCCUGUGUCACAGCUGCGCCCCUGCAGCCCACAUGACCUAGGGGACGUUGCUGCCUGGGAACCAGAGGGCAGGCGAAAGCUGCUGGCUUCAAGCCUCCAGGGACUCAUCUCCCCAUCCAGA